AUGACCCCCGAUGAAAGAAUGGCCAUUCUCAAUGCCGUAGCUAACCGGCGCCAUGCUGUUCUCGCCCAAGUCGCCAAAGCCCGCCCCGAGAUGGUGAAGCCGGACGUCUCCAAAGGCACAGUCGACAAGUACGAGGAUCGGUUCCACUACAAGUUAUUCGAGGACGGAGUUAGACAGCAAGUCAGUACCGAUCACAUCGGCUGGCACGUUGACCGGAAAAUCUGGGCGGCCUAUCUUGGCAGCAAGCCCUUCUCCUACAUGAAAGAGCCCGAGAAGUUUGCAGGCCCCCACAGCCUCCCUUGGGCCAAGUUUCUCCAGAACCAGAUUGUCAGCGAGCCCGGCACGGCGCCCGCUUCAUCGAGACGACACCGUGCCCCGAGCACUACCUACACAAGCACGGUUAGACAUGGCAGCAGCCCGUCCGUCUCCUUCAACGCUUCCCCGGUAGGCCACAGAGUCGAACGCGCCAAGCGUCCCCGCAUCGAAUCCAAGAAGAGCUUCACGGUCGAGGUAGGCAACGAGGCCCCGACCGAGGUAGCCGGCGGCGGGAAGUACAUCUGCCGCAAAAAGAUCAUUGAGACGUACUACGAGAAGCAGGCCGACGGCAGCGUCUGUAAGGUUUUGGAGAAGGUGUCUACGGAGACCUUCCCAACCGAUAAUGCCCUAUUCGAUGACGAUAGUGGAGACGAGGAGGCGUAG